AAUAAAACACACUUUCUUCAGAAUGGCGACAGGGGGAUUGUUAGCUGGACGAUUAGCGCUAGUAUCAGGUGCAGGUAGUGGAAUAGGACGAGCAAUCUGUCAGGCGUUUGCCAAAGAGGGAGCCAUUUUGGCAGCAGUUGAUGUGAACAAAAACAAUGCGGAAUCAACUCUGUCUAUGUUACAAGAUGGUCCCCAUGCAGCGUUCAGCGUGGACAUCUCGUCGUCAAGCGAGGUGAACGCGAUGAUGGCGCAAAUCAAGUCGCACUUCUCGCAGCCUCUGAUAGUGGCCGUGAGCGCAGCCGGGAUCACCAGGGACCACUUCCUGCUGAAGAUGGAGGAGAAGCACUUUGACCGCAUCAUGGACAUCAACCUCAAGGGUACGUUCCUCUUAAACCAGGCGGUGGGAAGAGCGAUCCGAGAUGCCGAGACCAAAGAUGGAUCCAUCAUCAACAUAUCCAGUAUCAGUGCCCUGAGAGGCAAUAUUGGACAAGCAAACUAUUGUGCAUCGAAAGCAGGUGUUAUUGGUUUGACAAAGACAGCUGCCAAGGAGCUGGCUAAAUUUAAUAUUCGGGUAAAUGCGGUGUUGCCAGGAUUUAUAGAAACGCCGAUGACAGACGUCGUACCUGAACGUGUCAGAGAUAUCGUCAGUCUGUUGAUACCGCUGGGGAGGUUUGGGCGACCUGAAGAAGUUGCAGACACCUGUGUCUUCUUGGCCUCUGAUAAAAGUAGAUACGUCACAGGCGCCUGCUUAGAAGUUACAGGUGGCUUAUACAUGUGAUCAGUAUACAGCGUGUUUAUACCCUCCAGCUACAGACAAUGAAAAAUGAUGAAAUAUUUAAUCAGUUAAAUCCUUGAUAUGUACGUUCACACCAGAAUUUGAUAUGAUAUGACCAUGGACAGUGUAUCUGUGUACUUCUUUUAGUUAGCCUUACCAUGUUAGUAACUACAGCUUUGUCAGAGUGAACUCCCCUUUACUAGCAUACAUGUAUUGUUCUCUGCUUAGUUCUCAAAGACGGGAAUCGUAUAAGGAAGAGUUCAGCAAUAGCCUCUGCCAUGGCUGGCUGUUUGAUACAGGUCAAACUGUACUGCUGUAUACUGUAAAUCAGGAAAUGGUAGCGAGUGUAAAAUUUGAACGAAUUUAGCGAUGGUGUACAUGACACUGGUUUUUAAUGUUGCUAAUAUGUUUCUUAUUUGAAUUGUUUGCUAAAUUUUUAGGUCGCUAAUAUUUUAUGGUUUACAGUAUCCGAUGAUUUGAGAGAAAUGGUCUCACAUGGCCUCUUAAAGGUGCUAUCUCAAGGUUGCAUAAUGGUGGCUUUCCACCAAAAUUAGUGCACCACGAUUGGUAUGUGCUAUCCUGUCUGUGGGAUGGUGCAUAUAAAAGAUCCCUUGCUACUAAUGAAAAAAUAUAGCAGGUUUUCUCUUUAAGACUUUAUGUCAAAAUUACCGAAUGUUUAACAUCCAAUAGCAGAUGAUUAAUAUAUCAAUGUACUCUAGUUAUGUCGUUAAACAAAACAAACAAACAAUUUCGCUUUGAAAUAUAAUCAUUUUACCUUCAACUCUAUAUCCAUAACAAAACAUUACAUUUAAUGUGAAUAAUUUAUUUUACUAGUAGAAUUUUAUUGACAAAUCUUUAGUGGUUGACCAGCGGAAUUGGGUAUGUUCAGUUGAUGCGAAUUACAGUCCAUAGCAUUGUGCCAGGAAGAUGUUACAAACCAAAAUAGGCCGUCUUCAUGUAGCUCAUCUGUCUAUGAUGGCCAUAUCUAGUUAAGUUUUCACAUUUUCUGGACUUGCCGAUUUCAAGAAAUUUGUUUUGAUUUGAUAAAAUAGGAAUCUAGUCACACUGAAUGUGUUUACACACAGAGGGCGGGACACAGCCCAGUGGUAAAGCACUCUCCUGGUGUGCAGUCAGUCUGGGAUCGAUCCCUGUUGGUGCAGGCCUAUUGGGCUACUUCGCAUUUCAGUCGGUGCACCACAACUAGUAUAUCAAAGAACGUGGUAUGUUCUGUCCAUGAUCCUGUCUUUGGGAUGGUGCAUAUAAAAGAUCCCUUCCUACUAAUGAAAAAAUGUAGCUGGUUUCCUCUCUAAGACUAUAUGUCAGAAUUACGAAAUGUUUGACGAUCAGUGAGCUCAAGUGGUGUCGUUAAACAAAACAAAAUUUUUAACUGUACCAAACAGUUUCAAUAUCCCUGAGUUAUUUUUGUGAACAUUAUGCAUGGGAUCAAUUAAUAUGUAGGUAGUUGUUUAUUACAAAUAAAUGAAAACAUGGGAUCAAUUAAUGUGUAGGUAGUUGUUUAUUACAAAUAAAUGAAAACAUGGGAUCAAUUAAUAGGUAGGUAGUUGUUUAUUACAAAUAAAUGAAAACAUGGGAUCAAUUAAUAGGUAGGUAGUUGUUUAUUACAAAUAAAUGAAAACAUGGGAUCAAUUAAUAUGUAGGUAGUUGUUUAUUACAAAUAAAUGAAAACAUGGGAUCAAUUAAUAUGUAGGUAGUUGUUUAUUACAAAUAAAUGAAAACAUGGCUAAACACUUGUAACUAUGAUAUCGUGCCUUCAAGACAGGUGGCUGCAUAAUAGAGAUAGUCAUUUGAAAGUACAGUCAAACCUGCUCUAGUGGGCACCUGUAUUAAGAGGCCACAUUUGUAUUCUCCCAAAACAUAUACUAUCAUAGUAUAAACUAAUCUGUGUUAAGCAGUCAGCCACUUUUUUAUAUUCCCUUUGGUGACUUUAACACCGGUUUGACAAUAGUUUUAAAUUAACUGAUCGCUGGAGUUUUUAAUGUCAUCUCAAAAUAGGGGUGUUUUGUGGAGAUUUUAAAAAUAAUGUUUGCUAACAUUUGUACAUUUGAGAUUGAUCAGAAUGGCAGAGCCUAUUUUUAGAUCCUUCUCUGUAUAAUACAACAGACAUAUAAAGUUACAAAUAAUCAUUAUGACAUGUUGCAAAAUAACAUGUCUGCACAAAACAACAUAAUAUUAAGUCAUUUUUGAGAAUUAAGUCUUCUAAUUGUUUACCUCUAGUAUUUAUGUCAUCGCAUCCCCACAAAGUGUGGUGAGCAUUAAAAUCUCCCAUGAUAAUAAAGGGAG